CUGACCUUGUGGUCUGAUUUCAGAGAAAAGGUGUUUUGCAUGCACGGGAAUCUAUAGGUGUCCUGUUCACUUAGAAACGUGUUUUAGAAUUGCUUUGCGUUGUUGAGGUGUUGUUGUUUCCUUGUUUCGCUUGCAUAGCUCGGGAUAUAUACCUGAGGUAUCUUUUUAUUUGAACAUGGCAAACCCAGCACAAUGCUAUUUUUGCUUUGAGAGUCUUUCUGCAUCUUUUGGGGGCUAUGAGCCUAUCAGUCUCCCAGUUUUAGAGGAUCUUUGGGAACAAUAUGAACAAGCCAAGAAACUCGCCACACUCGAAGAUACGGACGACGACCCUCAGCAGAUUGCCGAAGAUGACUGCGAGGAUGCUGAAAGCGAUGCAGUCCAAGGUGGCGUUUCAAAUGCUAAGGUGGACCGGCCCAAUGCUAUCAAGCUGCCCAGUAUCAACCGUCUCCAGGGCCAGAUGUCAUCGAACUCGUCCAGUGCGUCUACGCCGUCUUCCCAGUCUGUUUCGUCUGGUUCUACUUCUGUGACGACUCCGAGUUCCGAUAUAGCGGGCCAGAGACAGCAGAGGCAGAGCGACCGGCGACAUCCGUUGUUUGUGACGUGGAAUACCGUGUCGAAGAAUGGCAACAAGUCCUUGCGUGGAUGUAUUGGCACGUUCGAGGCACAGGAACUUUCUGCAGGUCUGAGGUCCUACGCUCUCACGUCGGCAUUCGAUGAUCACCGUUUCAAUCCAAUCCCUGAAUCGCUAGUUCCGUCGUUGUCGUGCUCCUUGACCCUUUUGGGCUCUUUCGAGCCUUGCACGAAUGCUAUGGAUUGGGACCUCGGAACCCACGGAAUACGGAUAUCCUUCAUCCAACGCGGCAGACGCUAUGGCGCGACAUACCUCCCAGACGUCCCGGUUGAACAAGGGUGGACCAAAGAAGAGACCCUGGAAAGCUUGAUGCGCAAGGCUGGGUGGGAUGGCUCGACAGGCGCGACAAGCAGCGUUGCUAGAAGACUGCUUAGAAGUAGCAGACCUAGCUCGAAUUCUGGUAGACCAUGGGAGCAGGUCUCCGAUUUCCGAACAGUCAAGUACCAGGGACUCAAAGCUAGUGCCGGCUACGCUGAAUGGCAAGAGUGGAGGAACUGGGUUUUGUCUUUGGAUGAUGGCCGGGAGAAGCUGUUGGAGAACUGAACUAUUCAGCCGGUCUGAUAUAGAAGGAUAGAACUACACCCGCCUUAUUUUUCAUGGUUAUGAAGUUAUGGAACGAUUAGGGUGUUUAAUUGGAUUAUCUUAAUGUCAAGCGUUUAUCCUCACUCAGUUAUUGUAGAGAUGGCUUCAGUGUAAUAUCAUGCCUUGAUUCGUAUAGACCCGAUCCUUCACAAUAUAAUUCCAAUGCCAUUUUGUA